AUGCCGGUGGCCACAGCAGCGAGAUCCUUAAUGCCCCUGAAAGUGCUGGCCCCGGCGGAUCCUCCAUCCAUGGGGCAUUUCUCGGGCCACUUUGGGGUGACCCCCCCCAUGCCUGCAGCUUUGUCCCAGACCAAAGCUCCCCUUGAUGCUGUGUGUAGGUCACAGCAGGUCCCUGGAGAUGGGCUCCUCUCACCUCCAUGGGCCUGGCUGUAUCAUGCAGGGAAGUUCAAGCUGCUGGACCAGGACCGGGACAUCCGUGAGCCUGUGCAGUAUUUCAACAGUGUGGAGGAAGUGGCCAGCAUCUUCCCAGACCGUGUCUUUGUCAUGGAGGCCAUCACCUUCAGUGUGAAGGUGGUGUCGGGGGAGGUCAGCGAGGACAGCGAAGGCUACAACUUCACGCUGCACGCGGGGGACGAGCUGACGCUGAUGGGCCAAGCGGAGAUCCUGUGCGCCAAGACGGUGAAGGAGAAGUCGCGCUUCAACACCCUCCUGCGGAAACUGGACCGCACCACCGGGAGCCUCAGCCUCCCCUUCCAGUGCAAGGGCCGCUUCAGCACCCGCAGCCCCCUGGAGCUGCGCCUGCAGGAGGGGGAACACACCAUCCGCAGCAUCAUCGAGAAGGUCCGCCUGCCUGUCAACGUGGCCGUCCCCAGCCGGCCAGCCCGCAACCCUUACGACCUCCACGCCAUCCGGGAAGGUCACUGCUACAAACUGGUCGGCAUCAUCUCCAAGACGGUGGUUUUGUGCUGCAUCCUCCGGCGGGAUGAGCUGGUCCCGUUCCAUUUCCUUCUGCUGACCGACAUGCCCCGCUUCCAGCUGCCCGAGGGGCUGCUGGCCGGGGAUCCCCAGCUGGAGAAGCUCUUGAGGGACGUCGCUGCUUAUUGUAACGACCGGUUCAACCCCGCCGAGUAUUCGCGAGCCGUGCGGGCAGCCAAGACGGAUUUUACCGAGGAAUGUGCCAGCCCCCGGCGCCUGCGGCUCUGCUUGCCCGCCUGUGCCCGGGAGGAGCUCAGCCAGUCCCUCCAGCGGCUCUCCCUCUGUUCCUGUGUCCCCGGAGUCCCCCGGGAGACCCCCACCCGCUGCCAAGGACCUCGAGGGGGUGUGGGAGGCACCCCCCGCCCGCCACUGCCUGAAUUCCCUGAUCCCGAAAGGGAAUAUAUGACGCCUGAUUGGGCUGAGCCGGAGUUCAGGACUCAGGAGCCGCUGGAGAUUCCCUACGAGGAGCUCUGGAGCAAUCCCAGCCCUGAGGGCUGCUGCGAGCCGGGGGGUGGUGGCCGGCAGGACAUGGGCAACUUCGGGGCUGUCGCCGCGCUGGGCUCCCUGCAUCGCCCCGGUGUGCCUGGGGAUGAGCCCCGCGGGGACACCCCACCCCCUGUGCCACCCAACGGGGACGGUUCGCCCUGGUUGCCCCCCGCCGACCUCUCGGCCCUCUCGCUGGAGGAGGUGUCCAAGUGCCUGCGCUUCAUCGGCCUCUCCGAGGACGUCGUCAGCUUCUUCGCCCGCGAGCGCAUCGACGGCAGCAUCUUCGUGCAGCUCAGCGAGGAGAUCCUGGCUGAUGACUUCCAUCUCACCAAGCUCCAGGUGAAGAAGAUCAUGCAGUUCAUCAAGGGCUGGCGCCCCAAAAUCUAG